AUGUCUCAGGGAGGGUUGACAAGACGAAGGGGAGCUGGCGUAACGGCUGAAAACAACGACGAUAGUCCUGCCUCACGAGUCACGUCGCCAGCGCCUAAAGAGAAUACCUUCGAUCGGACGCCCGAAACUGGUCGUGAAGUCAGUGACAAUGGCCAUAUCGUUGCCUAUGACCCCCGAGAUAUGAGUGAGAGCGCAGAACGCAGUAAACAACCAAAACUCACCCUAAUGGAGGAAGUGCUACUGCUGGGGUUGAAAGACAAGCAAGGAUAUCUUUCCUUCUGGAACGAUAAUAUCUCGUACGCGCUGCGUGGAUGUAUAGUAAUAGAGUUGGCCUUCAGAGGCAAGAUCAGCAUGCAGAAAGACUCCUCAAGAAGGAGGUUUCAACUUGCAGACCGUGUAAUAGAAGUCAUUGACGAAGGUCAAACUGGCGAAGUCCUUCUAGACGAAGCCCUCAAAAUGAUGAAAUCUAGCGAAAAGAUGAGUGUGAGCUCGUGGAUAGAUCUUAUGAGUGGUGAGACGUGGAAUUUGAUGAAGAUCGGCUAUCAAUUGAAACAAGUGAGAGAAAGGCUGGCAAAAGGUCUAGUCGACAAGGGUGUAUUACGAACCGAGAAACGGAACUUCCUGCUCUUCGACAUGGCAACACAUCCGGUCGUCGAUUCCGCUGCCAAAGACGAAAUAAGAAAACGAGUGAAGAACAUCUGCACAAAUAGAACAGUCGUGUUACCGCCCUCUCAAUUCUUGCCUGCAGAGCUCGACUUCCGAUACCUGAGGACCAUCGCGAUGGUGUGCGCCAGCUAUGCAGCCAACGUCCUAGAGAACGCGCUUGUGACUUUGGGGCACGAAUCCAGAGAAAGAGCAUUUGCACAUGUGGACGAACUUCUUGCCGAGUAUAGUCAAUAUCCAUUUGCUAAGAGACAGACCGGUUCGCAAGGAAUUGGAGCCAACCUGUCGCAAGCUGUAGCGGAAGAGGUUGAGAAGAACAAGGAAAGAGAAUUACAGCUCGAGGUUGUGGCCGCAUGCUUGAGCGUUUUCACCAGACUCGAUUCUUUACUAUGA